UAUACCAGGCCUAUUGUCAGUGAGUUUAAGAGGGACUGUUUGAAGUCAUAUUAACCACUGUCGACAAAUGUUUUUUACUGUUGUUUGAGGAGAUACCAACUAAGCCUCUGGACCACUUGAGGCCGCAACUAGCUCGACGUCACGUUAACGUUGUGACGAGAUCAACGUCUUCAAAGCACGAGCCUUGUAACCCAUCGAGUGUCCGCAGAAAACCAAACGCCAUCAUGGGUGACCCAGCCACUAUGUUUCCUGGCACAACGUCAUCAUCAGUGACGUCAUUCAACAUAACAAUGACGUCACCGAACACGUCCGUCUCCAACAUCACCGAAGAGGAGCGUCUUGAGUAUCUUCGUCACCUUGACGCCGAGAAGUGGCCGUAUAUCUACCCCGUCAUCGUCUACCUCCUCAUCCUCAUGGUCAUCGGCAUCAUCGGCAACAGCCUCGUUUUCGUUGUGUAUCUGAAGAAUUUCAAGCCCAGCACCACCCGGCUGUUCAUCUUGACCCUAGCGGUGUUUGACCUCCUCACGUGCAGUUUGUCCAUCCCGGGGGUCAUCGUGGAGCUGAGGUUUCAUUACACCUUCUUCUUUCCAGCCUUGUGUAAAAUAUUCCGAUUUAGUCGAAUGUACUUUGUGCUUGUUUCCAUGUUCACACUGAUCAUAAUUGCCGUGGACAGGUAUAGGAAAGUGUGUCGCCCAUUGCAGCGUCAAUACACGAUCAGAUCUGCCGGUCUGUCCAUACUGGUUACGAACAUCGUAGCCGUUGUUCUGACUGUACUUGGGGCCGUGGUCGGUGGGAACCGAACAGUUCCGACUGAUAGGAAGGACGUGUUCGGUGCUAAUUGUUCCUAUGACGACAAAUACCUUGGGACCCCUAUUACGAAGUUUUACAGCGGGAUUCUGUUUUUACUGUUUAUCGUCUGCGUGGUUCUGCUAAUUGUUCUAUAUUCAUUGAUUGGUCGGCAAGUCUUUAGACACAGAACAUUCCGAUUUAAGCCCAAGAAGGCUGAAGGUUCGUCAUCGGGAACUCAGACCCAAACGGGAUCUACAGAAAUGCAAAAUGUCCCAUCAUCAUCGUCAAACAAACAUAAGGUUGUUGAAAAGGAGGUGUCGUCUGGGUACAUGUCUGAAGCAGACGAGAAAGAUCCAGCCAGCGCGGCACGCGGCAAUAGCAUGGCUGAGGUUUCAUCCGAGAAAAUGUCGGGGACCGACGAUAUUUCCCUACUCCAAAUUAAGAAACAGAAAGCUCCAACCAAACCCAAACCCAAAUCAGAUUCCCCGAAAGAAAAAUCAAACGGUGGCAAGAAGCAAUCAACCGGCAAAACGACCUUCACCUUGUUCAUCAUUACCGUCGUAUUUAUUGUGAGUUUUCUCCCUUUCCUUGUCCUGGUGGCUUUGUGGGGCUCAAACUGGAAGUUCGUGAACAGUCUCCAUGGUUACAUGUUCACAGUGUUCAAGAUGCUCUUCCACUCCUACCACAUUAACAACGUCAUCAACUGCUACGUGUACGGCUUCUGCAACCCAAGAUUCAGAAAUGAGCUGAAACGACUCCUCUGUUCGAGAAAGGGUUCUAUGACUCUGAAUUAACUUUCAUGCGGAAUCCUUGCUAAAACUUAAGAAGUCGAGUAUCGCAAAUGUUGAAUUCCACAGUAACCUUCCAAAGAAACUGUCCUUCAGUGAACACUGAUAUAGUUGAAUUUAUGGUCAGAACUGAUCAACUGUUCCCACAUAACCUGUGCUUGUCGUAAGAUUGGGAUAAGGCGGUGAAGCGCUUUGAUUUGGUUGAUUGUGUGUCAUGAGGUUCCGAUGGCCUGACUUGUUGAUAAUGCUUUCAGUUACUGGUUUGCCUGGACCAGACUCGAUCGUGUACAGCCCGCCGUGAUUCAGCUGACAUACUGCUGACUGCGGCGUUAAACAACAUAUCUCACACACAGUUCAUCCUGCAUCAUAGGGCUGUGUAAAAUGUUUUGCAUAUCAUUACUUCAUCAUAGGUCAUGCAUUGAACUCCAUCAGUCCGGAAGUAGCGCCCACCGAGUGACAACUGUGGAACCUCUGUAUAUACAAAGUGAGCGAGUGAGUAUGUUUUUACGCAGCUUUUUGCAAUAUUCCAGCAAUAUCACGGCGUGGGACGCCAGAAAUGGGCUUCACACUUUGUACCCAUGUGGGGAAUCGAACCCGGGUCUUCGGCGUAAAGAGCGAACGCUUUAGCUACAAGGCUACCGCACCGCCCAUAUAUACAAAGAGAUAGUACUAACUGUUUGAUUGGUAUUCUAGAAGUUGAUGAGUAAGUAAGAAAACUUUAUGAAUAACAUUUUCUGGUUUAUUGCAUAUAGCGACGUUUCGAUGUAGAUUCUUACAUCGUUACAAUUAUUUUCUUUACCCGGAACUUUGUCAAAUCCGGCGAUUUCACUGGGAACGAUACCGUCCGGAUUAACGGGGUUUUACCGUGCUAUUUACUCUCAUCAUCGCAAACACCCCUUGUCAUCAUUGUAAUUUUACAAAACUUUAUAAGUAUAGGUCCUUGAUUUGUCUCUUCUAUGCUGUUUGCUCAUUUAUAUUGUGAUCUAAACUGAGAUUAACCAGAGAAAGUAUACAGUUGAAAAUUGGGUUUGACCAAUUAAUUACAAACGUUAUCAAAACGUUACUAGGCUGUAAAUAGUCGCCGAGACAUUGCCAACUAAAGGUACAAAACACAACUAUGACACCUAUAUCAAAUACAUCACCAUCGAAUAACCAUUUCUUGCUUGUUUCAUUUAUGCUAACCACCAACAAACAUGCAUGUAGUUAAUAAAUUCAAAACCCACCAUGCUUGACGUUUUUUAAAUUCCAAUCUGUCCAUCAAAUCUGUCAAAUCUGGCCCUAUCAGACUAGAUAUUAACCUAUUACCCCGAUGAAUGCCGACGAUGCAAUGUCACACGGUUUGCGCAGCUGGGAACAAGGCUAACAACGCAUGUUAUGACGGAAAUCUCACUCAUUUGUCAUGGGAAUCUUGUGCAAUGUACUUCACCUAAAUUUUGAGUUGCAGAUUUCCGUGACAUUUGAUUUAUAUGACUUGUGUCAAUCAUAUUUGAAUUACUUUCCAUCAUCGCGAUAAUGCGUCUCCAAUAGGGCUUGUGAUUAAUCACGCUUGACCUCUAACAAGUAUAGUCAUCAUUACACUUCACGUCCAUCAUGUCCAGACCGCCUCCGUGGUCUAGUGGUAGAGCGUCCGCCCGGGGAGUGGAAGGUCCGGGGUUUGAUCCCCGGCCGCGUCAUACAAAAAGACGUUAAAGUAUGUUACUUGUUGUAACCCUGUCUGGCGCUCGGCAUUAAGGGGCUAAAACAAGGACUGGUCGGCUCGGAGUCAGUAUACUGUGUCUGGGUGGGGUAUUCAUGUUAAACUGCGGCAUGGUAUCUCAGUGAGCUAGCAUUAUAAAUCGGCAUCAGUCCGGACUAGUACAAGCAGCCACACACACACAUACACUCACGUGCAUGCACGUCGCUCUAUAAGUGCAAUAGUCUUGGACGCGACAUUACACCCAAUUUCACCUCACCCCACCUUCAUGUCCAGUCCAUGUUUAAAGUUUCCGUGUGCUUGAACUAUUUUUUAGCAAAUUUGUGACUUUAUAUUAUUUAAUUUGUUAAAUCUUCUGUUGAAUAAACGCUUCACAUUCA